AUUUCAUUAUAGAAAUUAACUUGCUUUAAAGAUAAUGUGGUAGGCUAAUAACUGGGUAUGAUAAUUACGUCCGGUAAUGUGACCAUAAGAAAAAAUCCCAGUAAUUUGAUAGGUAUCAGUAUUGGUGGUGGAUCUCCAUAUUGCCCUUGUUUAUAUAUUGUUCAAGUAUUUGACAAUACCCCUGCUGCUUUGGAAGGAACUUUGCAGUCAGGAGAUGAAUUAUGUUCUGUUAAUGGAAUAUCGGUAAAAGGAAAAACCAAAGAAGACGUUGCCGCUAUGAUUCAAUCGUCUGAAAAUCAAGUAAGCAUCAACUAUAACAAACUUCAUGCUGAUCCUCGUCAAGGACGGACGCUAGACAUAGCGUUGAAAAAAGUUAAACAUCGUUUAGUGGAAAGUAUGGGUAGUGCAACAGCUGAUGCUCUUGGAUUAUCCAGAGCUAUUCUGUGUAAUGAUGCUCUUGUUCAAAAACUUAUUACUUUACAGCGUACUGAAAGUUUAUAUAAAGAUCUAGUAGCUCAUGCUAAAUCAAUGCUACAUGCAUUUUUUGAUCUGAUACAAAUUCACAAAGUAUUCGGAGAUGCUUUUGUAUCAAUAGGAGUGCGAGAACCUCAACCUCGUGCCAGUGAAGCAUUCAGAAAAUUUGGAGAGCAACAUAGGCAAAUAGAAAAGUUUGGAAAAUUGAUGUUAAAGAUGCUAAAACCAAUUUUAAGUGAUUUAGGGACUUAUCUUCAUAAAGUGAUUCCAGAUACUCGGUUAACAAUCAGCAAAUAUGCUGACGCCAAGUUUGAAUAUUUAUCUUAUUGUCUGAAAGUAAAAGAAUUAGAUGACGAAGAACAGAGUUACAUCGCUCUUCAAGAACCAUUAUAUCGUGUUGAAACAGGAAAUUACGAAUAUAGAUUAGUUUUAAGAUGCCGACAAGAUGCUCGGUUAAAGUUUGCUAAACAAAGAUCAGAUGUUCUUGUAAAAUUAGAGUUACUAGAUAACAAACAUGUUCAGGAUAUCGUCUGGCAAUUUCAAAAAUUUGCUUCUAGUCUAUCAAGUUAUUAUUCGAAAACUCAAAGUUUAUUAUCUACCACAAGUUUAUUUCCGGUUGAAGUUGAUCUUACACGGUCUGCAUUUCAUUAUAAAUUGUCCGAACAACAAAUCGUAACUGAAGAUGAUCUUUACAGUGAUGCGGAAUUAAGAAACGAAGAUGAUGAAAACAAGAUCAAUCCAAUUCUAGGAAUAGACACUGAAUAAUUUUUUUAACAAUAAUUUGGAUUAACAACUUUUAUUAUUUUACAUUUUCAGCCAUUAUGUGCGUAACAUCUUAAAAGUAUUGAUUGAUAAACCAUGAACAAAAUAGUAUAGUUAUGUGUUAUAAUUCUAUUAUAACAGUUGAAGUUUUAAUUGUUCUGCCAAAGUAUAUUUAUAUAUUCAUAUCUAAUCAAUUUUCAGAGAUUUGAGCAUUUAUUAAAAUAUUUUUAUUUAAGAAAGUCGUUAUGGAAGAUUUUAAACAGUUUAUAUUAUAUAAAAAAUACAUGUGUGCAUGAGUGUGGACGUGUGUAAACUUUUUUUAACUGUUAAACGGAUUGAUCGAUCGAAAUGCGACUUGCAGUAUUUAACGAGGUUUUACUAAACUCCAGAUUCCCUAAAAAUUUUAAUCGAUUCUGUCAUGUAGAUGUUGAACAAUAUAAUGAAGAUAAAAAAAUACUUUUUUUCUUGAUCAACUGUAGAUUACUCUACUACUGAUCAAUUCCAAAACUGACUCAGCCCUGUUCUUAACACAAUUUCAAAUGCCGCUUUUUUUUUUUUUUUUUUUUUUUUUUUAAUUAACAUUAAGGUCGCUUUAACAGCUAGGUCUCUAGCGACCGCAAAUACUUACAAUACCAUACAUAUUAUUAAUAUAAUACCAAUAUUUUAAUCCAUCAUAGUUAUGUGUAUAAAUCUUGAAUUGAAUUCAAAAGCUUAAUAAAUAAUAUUGUUGUGUUGAAAGUUUUUUGAAAAUAACUCUUGUUUUUCUAGUCAGAUCGAUUUUUGGAACUCAAGACCUCCAAUUUGAUUAUAUGGUUAAACGACUCAUUGUACAUUGAACGAUCAUUGUACAAUAGUUUGAAAAAAAAUGGCAUUUUUAAAUUACUUUUAGAUUUUUUAGUUCAAAGAGCUAUACAAAUAAGAGAUAUACCCAUAUAGCAAUCUUUUUCAAGGCUUGAGCAAAUCUGGUCUUAAUUUCGAUAGUUGUUAGUGUCUUUUUCUACUUAUGGGCCUUGCUCCAGAUACUUGUAGCAAAUUCAAUUGACAAGUUUUGAACAAGCCUUGUACAAGAACUUUGGGCCAGAUUAUAGCUCAAGAAUUGUGUAAGAAAAUUGAGAAAAUCUGAAGAUGCUUAUCGAUAAACUAACUAUAUCAAUUCUUGAGAAAGACUUACACCAGAAGCAUGCUGAAUAUACUUGUGCAAGACUUGCUCAAGAUCAAAUGUUUUUAAAUGACCAUUUGCAUCAUUCUACCCCUCCUAUAUUUACUAUAGGAUCAGUAGAUAUCAUUCAGCUUAACUUUUUAGAGUAUAGACCUACUGUUUAAUCGAUCAAGACAAAAUUAUUUUUAAAUGAGCACCUCUGAAUCAAUACAUUUUCAAGUAGUGGAGGAGAAAAAGUGCUAUAAAAUAUAUAAUGCAUCAUGCAUCUUGAGCAAAUCUUGAGCAAGUCACGCUUCAACAUUUACUGUUAGUUUUUGGUUCACAAAUGCUUUAGAAAUGAACAAAUUACUGAGAGUUACGGAUCUUGAGCAAAUCUUGAGCAAGUCGUGGGUAAGCGUCUGUUGUAAGUUUCUGAUUCAAAAAAUGCGUCAAAAAGUUUUUCAAUGCACCUUGCAUCAGACUUGUCUCAUAUUCUUGCACAAAAUGUCUUGAGCUAGUUAUAUAUAAAUCUUGAAGCAGUUCUCUCUACAUGAACUUGAGCAAGACCUAUAUGUAGAAAAAGACAUUAUCAACUAGGGGUUUUGCUCAAGAAAGGUUUUGUUACCUGGGAUAAUUGAAUAAAAACAUUAUUUUUAAUGAUUUAUUCACAUAACUGAGAGUUUACAUUAUUUAUAACUGAGAGAUAUAUUUGUGACUACUUUAAGUUCGAAAAUAGCUGAAAAUUUCUACGGUGAUCUACAGAAUAGAUUGUUUUACAGAUUUUUCUGAACAUUUUUUUUUUUUUUUUAAUAGAGCUUUACUUGUAGCGUUUAAAACUCUACAAAAAGGAUAGAAAGAUACUAAAACAUAAAAGAUCCUUACGUAUUGUUUGGAAGUAAAAAUAAUUUUAAUAUUGUACCAUUCGAUAUUAAAUAUCAGUUUUAAAUAUAUAAAAUUUAUGCAUCAGAGUGAAUCGAAUAUCUGCUUUUCGUGAAGUUUGUUUAGUAAUUAAGAAUUUUCGUCUGUGAGGUAAACAAAAGUUGUGCACACAGGGUUAAAUUCUUUCUUUUACAUUUUAUAUGAGAAAAUUUAUUCUUUAUAAGAAGCCUUAUCAAAUAAAACGUAAAUAUAGUAGUUUUCAAAAUAA